AUGGUUUCUUCUGAUUCAUCUUCCUCUAUUGUAGGAAGCUUCUCUACUGCCAUCGGCUUAUCCUUUUUAUCAUCUGAUGUCUCCACCGUUUCCUCUUCAAUAGGUGCUGGUAUAGGGCUAUCCAAUAUUCCAAACUCUAUUUUGAUUGUUGAUUAG